UCGUUUUCGCCGCUCAUUCUCAACUCAAAUUUUCACAGAAGCAGGUUGUUCGUGCGCGUUGUUCCUGCGACUAAUUAAUUAAAAUAACUAACUUUAAUAAAAGAGAUCGAGGCGUGCAGCAGCGGCCAAGUAGCCAAAUCGACUCGAUUUCAGUGAGCCAGUGGCAAUUAACGCAAGGAAAUCACAAAUGUUCUAAGCGCGAGUGUGCGUGAGAGUGUGCGAAGAGCGUGUGUGAGCAUAAAAUCUCGGCAAUAACAAAAAAACAUACAUAUGCUGUGGUUGCGAUUUAAACGUCAGCUAGCCUUUGUUUUACGCGCUUGAUAAGUGAACAAAUUGCGGGGUUUAGAACAAAACUGACCACGGGGCGGUAAACAAAAUAGCAACAAAUACAGUAAAUCUCGUAUCGUAUUGGAUCUCUCGUUACGUGCACUGCGCUCUUGUUGUCAAUGAGUGCGUUCGUGUGAGUGUGUUUUAGCGUGUGUGCCAGUGUGCGAGCUUGCCGCCACCGCAAUUGAAGAAAACACACCAAUACCAAGGCGGCAAAUAAAAAUAAGCUGUGCCCGUGUGCGUGCCGUGCGCCUAUCGGUGUGAGUUCGAAUCGAACGUGUUAAAGUGACGAAUAAACCAGCGAGCCAGGGGAAGGCAGGGGAAAGCGCAGGAGGGAAAUCAUCGCAUCGGAAGAGAUAGACAAACAGAACGGCACACAGGCGGACUCAGCGAACAGAAUCAGACAGCCAAACAUUUGUACAUUUCCUUCGCACAUCUAUAUAUGCAUAUGUAUACACGACGACGUACGUAAUAGUUUGCCGCCGCAGACAUUAAGGCUCUGUGCUCAGUCGCUCUGUCCCGCUCUCGCCCUCUUGUUUACACGAACGCCCACACCUCGCCCCCGCCUGCGCCCUUAUCCGCUGCUGCUGGCCUUUGGAAUAGCCAUCAUCAUGCACACGGUGGUUGUAGCGCCGUGCACCGCUGUCGGAAGCUGCUUUCCAACACUGGACGACGCCGAGUGACAUCCACUGGAAUAACGGAGCGCGCUUUCUUAAUGCAAAUGCCGAUCGCUUCGAAAUCAUCGAAUUUAAAACAGAAAAACCCGCAAAAUGCACGUUUCGGCCAUAAAGGGCCGGCAGCCGAGAGAGCAGCAGCAGAACAAUGGUGAUAAUAACAGCAACCGCCGCAGCAGCAGUCAUCGAAUAUGCAGCAGCAUGGAAAUACUAAGUAAUAGCAGCAGCGACGCAGUAACGAUCGAUGCCAAUGGCAAGUUUUUAAUGUCAUGGCGACGUCGCCGGCGACGAUGCAAAAACAACGAUAACGAUUGCAAUUACAACACUACAACCAAUGAUUUCAAUAAAAUCAAUAAACUGCUGCUAAUUACGUACAUGCUGCUGAUAACAGCGGCCACAAUUUGUCAAAGCGCCGCCCAGUCGCCGUCAUCAUCGAACGGCGGAGGCAGCGGUGCGGGAUCGGGAGGAUCUCCACUGAGCGCCUUUCUCAAGUCAGGCGGUGCAUCCUACAAUCAACAGCUGCCGCAGCAGCAGCUCUUCGCCAUGCUGACCAGGAAUGGAGUUGGAGGAGCUGGUUCGGGUUCUGGCGGUGGCGGCAGCGCUAGUCACCGGGGCUUCCCCAAUGCCAGGCAGCACUUUCUCGCCCUUAGCGAAGACGACUCGGAUGCUGAUGUAGAUGAGGAGGAUAUGGCUGCGCUGCACUAUCCAUUGGUAUCCGCCUCGCAUCCCCCCUCGGGACUAUCAUCGUCCUCAUCGGGAUCCCUGGACUCCAAUGGUUUUGUGGCCGACGAUGGCGGCCAGUACGAGCAAGCGGAGAAGGCUCUGGCCGCAGCUGCAGCAGCGGCGAAGGCGAGCAACAAGCACAAUAUAGACUGUCCCAAAGACUGCAAGUGCCUGGCCGUCCUUUUCGAUUGCGACAAACUGCAUCUGGAGCGAGUGCCGGUCUUGCCUGGCUAUGUGCAAACUCUGCAUCUGGCGAACAACAAACUGAAUGACACAACCGUCCUGGAGAUACGCAAUCUGUCCAACUUGACUAAGCUCACUUUAAAGCGAAAUCUACUUGAGGCCAUACCCAAGUUCACAGGUCUCAUUGGCUUGAAACACUUGGUCUUGGCCAACAAUCACAUUAGCAUUAUUUCCCAUGAGGCUCUGGCAGUGCUUCCAGCUCUAAGGACUUUGGAUCUGUCCAGGAAUCUAAUUCACAGCAUCGAGGCUAACUCUUUUCCCAAGCCCAACAGCUUGGCUCACUUGAUAUUAAGCUUCAAUGAGAUAGCCAAUGUGCAUGAAAAUUCGCUUGAGGACUUGAAAAAUCUCACGGACUUGGAGUUGAAUAACAAUCGUUUGAGCAGCCUGCCCAUGGGAGUAUUUAGGAAUUUGAAUCGUCUUAAGAAGCUGGCUCUCAACUACAACCACUUGGAGAUCAAUUGGUCUACCUUCCGUGGCCUGCUGUCGCUUAAAAACCUUCAGUUGAAGUCCAACAAAAUCCGAGGACUGCAGGACGGUGUCUUUCAUGUGAUGCACAGCAUCGAGAUUAUUGACUUGGCCAUGAACCAAAUCGGUUCGCUGUCCCGUCAGGGCCUCUUCAACCUGACCAAGCUGCGCCACCUCAAUUUGUCGAUGAACGCCAUAUCCCGCAUCGAGCUGGAUACCUGGGAGUUCACCCAAUCGCUGGAGGUGCUGGAUCUCUCUCACAACGCCAUCAGCGAGUUUAAGCCGCAGCAUUUGGAUUGCUUGCACCACCUAAAGACACUCAAUUUGGCUCACAAUCGGCUGCAGUAUUUGCAGGAGAACAGCUUCGACUGUGUCAAGAAUCUAGAGGAGCUGAAUUUGCGACGCAAUCGUUUGUCCUGGAUCAUCGAGGAUCAGAGUGCAGCGGCGCCUUUUAAGGCUCUGCGUAAAUUGCGACGUCUUGACCUGCACGGCAACAAUCUAAAGCAGAUCAGCAGCAAGUCAAUGAGUGGCCUUAACAACCUGGAGACCCUCAACCUGGGCUCUAAUGCCCUGGCCAGCAUUCAGCCCAAUGCCUUUGAGCACAUGAUGCGGCUAAACAAGUUGGUUUUCAAGUCGCUGAAUUUUAUCUGCGACUGCGAUUUGAUUUGGUUCCAGCAGUGGCUGAAGAGUCGCUUCCCCCAGCAGGCGGAGCAUGUGGUCUGUGGCUAUCCAGAGCAUCUGCUAGACCGUCACCUGAAGACUCUAAAUGGCUCCGAGUUGGUGUGCGUCGACUCCCCCAAACCGCGGCUGGAGCAGGAGCCGGACAACAUGCUGGCUGUGAAUGGAGCCAACAUCACUCUGGAGUGCAUUGCCAGCUCACCGACUGCAGCUUCUCUGGCCGCUGCCGAUGAGCUAAAGAUCAAGUGGCGUCAUGACAACCAGCAUGUCCUAGAGCGGCCGGCAGCACAGCAUGACGGGGCCAGAACAGAGACCCAGAUCCACCAUGAUCCGAGCACGAAUCAGACCUCCAUCUAUGGCUACCUGAGGCUGACCAAUGUGAGCUACGAGAGCGCUGGACGCUACCAAUGCGUGGUAUCCAAUGCCUUUGGCACCACCUAUGCCCAAAAGUUUAAGAUCUCCAUAGGAAUUCAUCCCACCUUCCUGCAAGUGCCAUCCAAUCUAACCCUGGACGCCGGCGAAACGGCUAGACUAGUGUGCUCGGCCAGCGGGGAUCCCACGCCAGAGAUAGCUCUGCAGAAAUUUGGAGGCAGCGAGUUUCCAGCAGCCACCGAGCGACGUCUGCAGGUGAUGCGCGAGGAGAAUGCCUUUCUGAUUACCAAUGCCAAGCCCAGCGACUCGGGCAUAUACACAUGCACAGCGCUGAGUGCGGCCGGGGAGAUAAAGGUCAACGCCACCCUGGUGGUGAAUGACAAACCCCAGCCCAGCAUUCCUUUGGUGCACCAGGAGGUGGUUGUCGGUCGCAGCUCUGUGCUCAAGUGCAUGAGCGAUUCUGUGAAUGCCGAUCUGGAGCAGGAACAUCUGCAUCGCGAGUGGUUCAAGGAGAACAAGCCCAUACACAAUUCACCGACAACACCCGACGGAGAUCGCUAUUAUUUUUCAGGUAACAAGGAACUGCUCGUCAUACUCGAUGCCCAGUCCAACGAUGCCGGACACUAUCGGUGCGAGAUAACAGACAACACGCGCACUUUUACGCUCCAGCUGGAGCUGGUGGUGGUCAAGGAGAAUCUCAACUGGGAUGUACUCCUUAUUGGAAUCAUUGUGCUAACUGUGAUCUGCAUCGUAGUCGAUUGCUGCAUCAUUUGGUGCACACUGCGCUACCAGAAGCGGAAGCUGCGCAUGAGCCUGGCUGCCGAACGAUUGGCAGCUCGCACCCAGGCCAGUUUGCACUCGACGCUGGACAAGGAUCAGACGCAGUUGACCACGUUGAAUCGCACGCAACUGAGGCCGCACCAAUCGCAGCUGGUGCUGGAUGGUAUCCCUCCACAGCUGCAGCAGGGACAGUUGCGACCGCGCAGUCUUGCGGAUCUCGACAAUAGCCAAACGGCUCACAGUCGCCUCAUUGUGACCACGACGCCUUCGUACGAGCAGCGCUGCCUGGAGCAGGGUCUAACGCUCAGCUACCUGCAGCAGGCGGACCUCGAGGCUCAGCAGGAUCAUCUGUCCAGCAAGGACUCGGGCACUGGCUCAGAUGCGGCCGUCAAGCGUAGCCUGGAGGACUUUGUGGUGGCCAUGCCCAACCACAAGACUCAUACGGACGAAGAGGAAGAUGAUGACAACGACCUGCAAUACGCUCCCACGAGGGCUCUCGGCAUCUCCGAGUACGACGACAUGGAGUUGUACGAGCUAAACCAUACAGCGGCCGAGCAGCAGCAGUUCCUGCAAAAUAACAAUCACAACUACGACGGUGGCGGGGUGGGUAUCGCCGGGUUUGAUGCGGUGGGAGCAGCGACGCCCAAGGUGUUGCCCCGCAAGUGCGGCAUUGGAGCGGCCAGCAGCAGCUACAACGCCAUCCAACAACAGUCGUCCACCACGGUGGACAUCUAAGAAGCUGAAACCAAAUGCGCAGAAUGAGCAUAAGGAGGAUCUUAUACCAAAAAAAAACUGGCGGCUGACCCAUUCGCAGCCCCGCCCGCAACCCGCCACCCAAAACGAACAAAGACUGUUUAACUCGUAAUUAUAAUUGGUAGACAGAGCAGGCGGCCUUAUUGAUGCCUUUUUGCUAAGAGAGAAACAUACCAGUGUCUUCGUCAUUUAUGAAAUUAAUUAAAUUAACUUUGUAGAGCGCCUAAUAUCUUAUAAUCCCGUAGCGUGUAUUUAUACUUUUCGUUUCGCUUGUGAUAUUAUUUAUUAUUUCCGACUACACCCGAGUUUAAGGCGUAACCCAUAUUCACCUCUGUACAUAUAAAAAUCACUUAGGCAUUAAUUAUAGUUUGUACCUAGUUUGUUAAGGCGUGAGGCAGCAUUGUUGACCCAAGAUUUUGACAUGGAGUGCUGGAAGUGCGUUUAAAUUAAAUUGAUAUUUUGCAGUUCUUUAUCAUUUUCUGUGCUUGAAAUUAACUCUUUUAGUUGAAUUUGAAUUUAUUUUUGCCCUGACAAAAUCUAUGAAUUGAAACAAAGGUUAAAAAUAUUUAAUAAAAUGCAUUAUUCCAAUAAAUAAAUCAAAUAUC